AUGGGCGAAGAAAGAAAAAAGGAGAACAAUAGGAGAUUUAUAAGUUGCAAGGAAGCCUUUAACCUGUCAACUACUUACACCAUCAUUCCCAGUCUCAGCACUUCGUUUCAAUUUCUCGGAAAGUUCCGGCCCUUUACUUUUACACCAGCACAAAAGAUGCAGUUCUUCACCAUCAUCGCUCUCCUGGUGCCUUUGGCCCUCGCAGAGACCUGGAACCUUUCCGGCACCUGCUCCAACGACCUCACGUGCGAGAUCGACGACCAGUACACCAGCCCUACACUGGUCUGCGGUAACCAGAACGGACAUUUCUCUGGCGACGGCAACGCAGGAAAGACGGGCUGCGUCCCUGCUGGCACCAAGUGCACUUACGUCUGGACUUGUUAA